UAACAUGUCACAUUUAUGGGCGGCGAAGGCGGCUCAUAAGAACAAUCAAUCUGCUGCAUUCAUACCCGGAAGUUCUCGUUGGAUUAGUAACGAGCUUCUGCUCCAAUUUUCAAGCAUUCUUGAUGCAGAUGAAGACAAAAACAAUGUCUUUAUAAAGCGUUAUUCUGAGUUGAAUACUUUGAUGGAUGAUGUACUCAAGGGAAACAGCCAUAACUUGUGGAUGUUGAAACAUGAUGAGGAGAAAGAGAAGGAAUACGUCGUUGAAAAAGAUCUCAACCGUGUUAUUCCCGAUAUAAGUUUUGACCUUGGAGAUGAGAAGGAACAUGAUCCAGAGCCGGUUACCCUUGUUGCCAGUGAACAUGUUAGCCCUGUUGUCCCUGACACAAGCUAUGUCAUGCAUCAUCCUGUCACCACUUCUCCUGUGGUUAGAAAAGUUGAAUCCGGUUCUAUUUCCAAAGAGAUACAAAAGGUCAUUCUGCCAG